GAGGCUUCAGUAUAAACGCUUGUACAGUAGUGUGUGACGGGUCGUACAGAAGCGGAACAGCUGUCACAGCAGCAGGCAUGGUGGUUUCAGAAGCUUCAGAAAUUCUUUUUAGAACAAGAGGUGGACUGGCUCUGUCCUUUUCCUUGUGGAAAGCUGAUGAAACCACAGCUAAAAAGGCACUGGUAAAAGAACUGCAUGAUCUCAUUACAAAGCUUCAGUCUGAAUCCCUGGUGUUCUGUGUCUACCGCAACUCAUUGUAUAUAUGGCCCAACACUGGAGCCUGCUCAUCACCCACUGACCUCACGGAUGACUCUCCCUGCAAAGACAUCUUAAGCUUUGUGCAAUCUGAUGAUGACAGUACAGCACACAAAAAGUCUAAAAAGAAGGAGAAAAAGUUGCAAGUGCAGCAAAUCGUAAACCUCAACAUGAUGUUUGAGAUGUCCACCUCUUCUAAAGCAGUAUCUCCAGUGAUUACGUUCAGCACACAGAGUCAGCAUCGUGUAAGCGUGACCCUGCCCAUCGACAGUGUGGUGACUGUUUCUGCAGAAGAGAAAUGGGGGAGAGUACGUGAGAUGCUUGUGAGUGGAAUAAAGUCCCAAGUGGCUGACAUGGAGAAAUGCAUGCUGAAAUAUAUGAAGGGAACAUCGAUUUGUUUGGCAGAACCAUUCCACUUUAUGUUACCAGAAAGGAGAGGCCUCGUCACUGUGAUGUAUCCAGCAGGAGUUGCAGAGGCUCAGCUGGAAGACAACAGAAAGAUGUUACAUGAGCAGUUUAAUCUGCUGCUGGACAGGCCAUAUUUCAGAAGAGCCACUGCCUAUCAUUUCCCAGAUGAGCUUUACAAGGAUGGAUAUCUGCGUAACCCACAUGUACAUCUGAACCAUCUUCCUCUAGAGGGAGGCACAACCUCGUUGGUGCAGGGCAUAUAUAGUUACCAUCACUACAUGCAGGACCGCAUGGACGACAGUGGUUGGGGCUGUGCCUACCGUUCUCUACAGACCAUCUGUUCCUGGUUUAAUUAUCAAGGUUAUACUGAAAGACCUGUUCCGACACACCGAGAGAUUCAGCAGGCUCUGGUCGAUGUGGGAGAUAAACCUUCAGCCUUCAUUGGAUCUCGGCAGUGGAUUGGCUCCAUAGAGGUACAGCUUGUACUUAACCAGCUGCUCGGUAUUACAUCCAAAAUUAUGUUUGUGAGCCAGGGCACAGAGUUGGCAUCCAGGGGGAGAGAGCUUGUUAAUCACUUCCUGUCAGAAGGAACGCCAGUCAUGAUUGGGGGAGGUGUUUUAGCGCAUACAAUUCUUGGAGUGAACUGGAGUGAGUCUACAGGAGAAAUUAAAUUCUUGAUUCUUGAUCCACAUUAUAAGGGUGCUGAAGAUAUCCAAACAAUAGUGGAAAAGGGCUGGUGUGGAUGGAAAGGGGCUGAUUUCUGGGCUGCAGAUGCAUACUACAACCUGUGUUUACCCCAACGACCUACAGUCAUCUAAUAGGAUCUAUGUGUAUAAGUGGUAGUCACCAUUAUAAAGAUGUCAGUUAUUUAAUGGGUUUUCGAAUUACAGAAGCUCCCGCACCAGGUUUGAAAUAAAUGAUAUUAUAUAGGGAAUAUAAAUGGCAUAACAAUUUGUGUUGUCUAAACAAAUAUUUCAACACAAAUGCAUAUGAGUGGUGCUGCUUGUUGAUUUAAAUAUACAUAUAUAUAGGUUUAAAGAAGAAAAAGUAAAUCAACUUUAGGUAGCAGCACUCAUUCCCUUACACAAGAAGUUUUAAUUAUUUUUAAUACAACAAAUUUUGAUACUUUAUUGAUAUGAUAUAAAAUAAGAAAAAGAUCUCAAUGCCCACGUGAUAUAGAUACCUUUAUUAUUACCACGUGAUGUAUUAUAUGCCCCCUUAUUAUAAAGGGGUCAUGUAAAGUGAAAUAUAAAAUCAGAU